UGGAGAUCGUGCGGGGUGCCAGCAGGACUAGGUUCUUAUAUGCGCUCGAUGCCAUGUCUUAUAUGCAGAGUCCAGGAUUCGCAUCACGCGCGGCUCAUUUUGGCCGAUGAGUUUCGUGCAUCUUGCCGGGGAAAUCGGCGAAAACAGCUCGUACGAGGCCCUAUCGCUUGGGGCAGGAUGUUGCACAAGGAGAACGAAGCUCGCGCCAGUCUUUUGAGGUGCUCCGCUUUAGCACUCCACGAUUCGCCACAUAGGGAUUACCUGCAGCAAAGGCAAUGCGGAAUGACUCCUCUGUAUGCACCAGUUCGGUUGAUUGCGGACAGCAAAAUGGAAACUCGGAAAUAUGUCCACUUUGCAUCUCUCUCGCGAAAUCAAUCCCACAGCUACGUCGCUUGUUGA